AUGUAUCGGCAGGUUGCCUACCCCGGUUCCGUCUGGGAGGCGGAGUUCGUUGGGCGCAAGCCCGCCGAUGGUAAUGCAGUGCAGGAGAGGAAGGGCGCUAAGCCCAUCGAAGUCGUAGUCCGAACAGCCAGGGCUGCAGAAGAGGAUUCCGAAUCGAGCGGGAGUGUCUCUUCCCUCCGGAGCAGGAGGCUCUGGAGGAGGCAUUCCCGUUCGAUUGACAGUCUCACGCUCAACACGAGCGAUACGGAUGAGCCGGCGCCUAAGGCUCUGACAGCACAGAAGGAACGCGACAGACUGAAGCGGGAGGAGGCGCGACAGAAGACAGAGGAGGAGAUCGAAGAGCGUCUCCGCUUCGUAAAGUCGCCGAUGCCUCCAAAGGAUAAUUCAGAUGAAGACCGCCCCGUCCUCAUGGAGGACCUUAAAGAGUGCGGGCAAAUUGCGCUCAACCGGGUGAUAAACAUCAUCACCCGGUACGUUGAGCAGCCAGAGUCCGCCGCCAUAGCCCGCCUAAAGGUAGAGAGACAGAAGGCCCAGGAAGACAGUGCCCGCCUGGAGGCCAGUGUAAAGCGGUUACAGGAGGAGAAUGCCUCGCUCCGCCGUCGUCUUGAAAACUUGGAAGCGUCCAACAAGAAUAUCACCACGACGGAAGAGAUGCUGGCCAUGGUGGAGGCAAGGGUACAGGCCCAGUUAGAGUCCGCCCUGAUGGGGCCAGCACAGCGGCCUCCUUUGGCCCAUGAAAGGAGAGUGACAACCGGGGACACACAACUCCCCGUGUCGGGGGGAAUAGUAGGCGGUCCUCCCCCGCCGAAGCCGCAGAGGGAUAAGGAAAAGGGGAAGGGGAAGAAGACAGCCCAAACAGUCCCAUCUAUUCCCGAUGCUGUGGCCGGGCCGUCCAGCGCGCCUCCACAAGCUGUUGCGGGUCCUUCCACGGCCCCGACCGCGACGGCACCGCCGGGGAAGAAGACAGAACAUGAAAGGAAGAAGGCAACACCCAAGCCGAAUCCCCAAAAGGGAAGAAAGAAGGACAUGCCAGCACAACUCGCUUUGGAGCCCCGUCCGCUGCCGCCGGCCCCUGCGUCCAUGGACACGGCCUGGACAGAAGUUGUUAGCAGGAAGAAGAAAGCGAAGACCGGUGCACCAAAACCACCGCGGCAAGCAUCGAAGCGCCCCGAGCCGAAACUCCGGCCGCCGAAGUCAGCUGCAGUAGUCAUAUCGCUGACACCGGCGGCCGUCGAGAAGGGGCUGACAUACGCUGAAGUACUGACAGACGCUCAGCGGCGAGUGGACCUCUCUGGCCUACAAAUUGAUAGGCUCAGGCCGAAGUAUGCAGCCACGGGCGCCAUGCUCUACGAGGUGCCCGGGGCUGAUUCUGAGCAGAAGGCUGAUUCCUUCGCCGCAAGGCUCAGGGAGUGCUUUGGGGACUCGGACGUAGUUGUAACCCGGCCCACCAAGUGCUCCGAAUUGCGAAUUUCAGGACUAGAUUUCGCGGCCACCUCCGAGUCAGUAAAGGCGGCCUUAUGCAGUGCCGGCGGGUGUGCUGCAGAGGCGGUCAAGGUGGGGGAAGUCCGACCCGAUAGAUCUGGGAUGGGCGCCGUUUGGGCCAAGGUGCCCACCAAAGCAGCCCAAAAAUAA